AUGCCACCCAGGAAAUCAACAGCCGCAUCAGCUAGGACAUCGGGGAGGACCAAGAAGGCUGCUGGCGUUGCCCAGCCUCUACUCUCUUUCCAAUCCCAAGGAAAGCCUUCGCGAGGCGCCACCUCCAAAACCAAACCAUCGCUGCAGAAAGAGUCAUCUGCGGUCUCUAUACCUGGUACCAAAGCCGACGAAGGGGAUGAUGACGAUAUUCAAGUGGUUGAUGAGCCUCAGGGGACAAAGGACGGGAGCGCAAAGGGAGGCAAGAAGCCACAAUUAAAGGUCAAGAGCAAGGAAUGGUCAAAGGUUCUGAAAGAGGCCGAGGCAGCUAUGGGCGACUUGGAGCCAAUCCAUGCCGGCCCCAACACCCAUAACGAUAUCCAUCAUAUACUCCGCGUAUUCGAUUUGUCGACCAAGUAUGGCCCGUGUGUCGGCAUUGCCCGUCUGCAGCGCUGGGAAAGAGCCAAGCAGUGGGGUCUGGAUCCACCCGACGAGGGGGAGGACGACGCUUCGUAUCGCGAGAAUGUGCUGAGCGCAUGGCUCUGA